ACAAAAAGUGCUAAACACUGCUGAGACAUGUGUUUAUUUGUUGUUUACGAAAACGUUUAUUAAGUAGCCGGAAUUGUAUUUUUUAACAAAGUUAUAUUCUUUAUAUAUUGAAGUAAAUAUUUAUAAAUGUCUAAAAUUGUAGAAUUGCGUCCUGAUCGUAAUCUCAUACGGAAUAAUUUCGAUGGGUAUAAGCUAUCAUUAGAUCCGGUGCCACUGUUGCGGCAGGAACUGUCCCACCUUCCUUUUAGAGCUGAGCCCAAUGAAGACCAGUAUUCUCUAUUGCACGCGGAACUCUUCUCCAUGCAAAAUUUGUUGCAUGUAGACCCUUGGGCUCGUACAAUUUCCUAUUACAUUAGUCGACACGGAAAGAUUACAAGGGCUUCUUAUAAUGAAUCAACCGGUCGUGUUGAAUCAAUGCAAAUCGUUUAUAGCCUGAAUACGGCUGAUAUACGUGUGAAAGGAGACUACAAUUAUUCCAUGCGCUUUAUAUCUGAAAAGUACUGUGUUUUAUGCGAUGGUAUCCAAAGCAUUUAUUUGUUCGACACCAAAGAUCGUCUUAAGGCAUCUGAAUGGAUAUUGAUUGCCGAAAAGAGCUUAAACAAUGAAGCACUUGGUGAACGUAAUUUUAUGUUAUUUGAUUGCCGAUUAGAUAUUGUGCACGAGAAAAAACAAAUCAGUAUGGUAAUUGGUAGAAUUAAAAGGAUAGACAACUGCCCUACAAGUGGAUCAAGUCAUUUCAUGCACUUGUAUUGGGGGAAAUGGAUACAAAAUGAAAGCUGGGAAUUUUCAAUAAUUGACACGCUUGAAGGUAAAGGAUCUUUAUAUUACUGUGCCUUUGAACCGCGUGCAGAAUCCCUGAUUAUAUGCUCGAAUCGUGAAUAUAGUUUUCGUUCUAAACAAACGAAUGGUAGUUGUGAAAUUAUUGUUCAAAAAGCUGUGCUCCACGAUGAAAAUUAUGAAAUUAGCGGAUUCACUUGGACACAAACCGACGAUGAUAUCAUAAUAAAAUUUGACGCUAAGGAAGGAAAAGAAAGAUCAGAUUACAACAUAAAAUACGUCGCUAAUAAACUCAUUGUGAAAGUAGGCGAAGUAGUGCUUCUUGAUAAUGAGCUAUACGAUAAGAUUGAUCAAGAUUUGACGACAUGGACUAUCGAAAACAAUUAUUUACAAAUAACUCUAGUGAAGCAAAAUCAAUCUUCAAGCUGGUUAUCACUUCUCCAAAACAAUGUUGGGCCUAAAGAAACUUUCGAUGACAACACACAAUCCGAUUUGUCUAUAGAGCAAAAGCCUAUUGCAAAUUUAGAGGCUCCUAUCGAAGAUUGCGACUUUCCCAUAGCUACUAUCGACAAUGAAAUCAAAAUUGGUCGUUAUCAUAUGCCAACUAAGUCGGUUACACAUGCUCUUUUGUUUGGUUCAACGCCUCCGAUAUUUUCCACUAUUUUGCGUCCCGGGUUUCCUAAUGCUUUGGCAAUACGACAAGACGUGGAUGCUGGGCUUUGGUUGCAGCAAUACAAUCCAUCGAAACCUGAUGAUUGGUCUCUUCGACAUGAGGGAAACUUGCACGCGUUUGGAUAUGUCCAAGCUUCCAAGCAACAACGAAAGUUCAUUGAUUGCUCACCAGAUUUAAACUAUGCUAUCAUUUGUGAAUCCCAUCGACAUAUUUUUCUUUAUAAAUCAAAUUACGACGGAGCGGAUGGAUUGAGAAACCGUAAUGGUCCACAAGUUAAAAUAGGCAAGCAGCAUUUAAUAACCCUUGAAGACGCUGGCGAAGUAUUAGGUUUAGCGACAGCUGAGCAAGUAGUGACAAUACUUACUGAACGUUGUCUUUUACAUUUGCAGUUAAGUUAACUAAAGUAAUAUACUUAUAUAGUUUAUAAUGCAAAAUAAAUUUUAUAUGAAACUAAA